CGGAACCAGUAGUGUUUGAUGUCUGGUUCUGAGCGCUCGCUCGCGUCGCCGCUAUCAAAAAUGAAACAUGUGAAUAAAGAUUUACAGCGUGAGAGAGAGAGAUGCACUUUUGAUGUUAAAGAGCUGACCACGAUCAUCGAUGGUAGUGAAGAAAGAACUUCGAAGAGGAAGGAAAGAGAAAGAAGAAUGUUAAGCCGGAACCACGAGUUCGCAGGAGAUGUUCCUGAAGACUAUCUGAGCAAUAAGGAGGUUUACGAGCGCGGCAUCCAGAAGUCCGUGGUGGCGUUCAGCAUUGUACGCGAUAUGCAGGCGGAGGGCAAGAGCAGCGUUGAGGAUUAUAGAGACGUGAUCUCAUCUCUCCUUCAAUCGUCUACACUCCGAGAUGGAUCAGCCUUCGUGCUCCACUACAUGAUGUUCAUGCCCGCGAUCCUGUCCCAGGGCUCCGAGGAGCAGCAGGCGGAGUGGAUGCCAAGAGCGUGGAACUGCAGCAUAAUUGGGAGUUACGCGCAAACGGAGCUGGGCCAUGGCACCUUCAUCCGUGGCCUGGAGACCACAGCUACCUACGACCCUGACUCUAAAGAGUUCGUCCUCAACACGCCGACCCUAUCAUCUUAUAAAUGGUGGCCGGGAGGCUUAGGACACACGGCCAACUUCUGCCUUGUCGUUGCUCAACUGUACACAAAAGGCGAAUGUCAUGGCAUCCACACCUUUAUGGUCCAGAUUAGAGAACUGGACACCCACAUGCCGCUGCCUGGCAUCAAGGUUGGUGACAUUGGCGUGAAGCUUGGUCUGAACGCUGUUAAUAAUGGCUUCCUCGGGCUGGACAACGUGAGGAUACCCAGGAACCAAAUGCUCAUGAAACAUGCUCAGGUUUUAGAGGACGGUACAUACGUGAGAUCCCGGCACAGCAAGCUGAACUACGGAGCCAUGGUGUUUGUUCGGGUGGUGAUCGUAUUCGACAGUGUCAACUACCUGUCGAAAGCUGUCACCAUCGCCACCAGGUACUCUGCUGUGAGGAGACAGUCGCAAAUAAAGGAGAGUGAACCAGAAGUGCAGAUCCUGGACUAUUUGACCCAACAACACAAGAUCUUCAUCGGCAUAGCAGCCAGCCACGCGCAGCGGGUGACCGCGAGCAAGCUGUGGGAAACCUUCCACGAUAUCACGAAACAACUGAAUGACGGCAACAUGGAUAGACUUUCUGAGCUGCAUGCUCUGGCCUGCUGCCUCAAAGCUAUCAGUACAUCGGACGCUGCCAACUACGUAGAGAGCUGCCGGCUGGCUUGCGGUGGACAUGGCUACAUGCAGUCCUCCAACCUGCCCGUCACUUAUGGUCUGGUCACUGCAGCCUGCACUUAUGAGGGAGAGAAUACUGUACUGCUAUUGCAAACCGCUAGGUUUCUGGUGAAGACAUGGCAAAGCAUGGAUACCCAGGAGCUGACUCCCACAGUCACGUACAUGAAGAGUGCUCAGAAGAAUACAAAUAAAUGGGAAAAUACCAUCGAAGGCAUCAUAGAUGGCCUGGAGAUUGUUGCGAUGAGAAAUGUGUCAGCGUGCGUGGACAGCAUUAAAAAGAGGACGGCUUCAGGGUUCUGCUAUGAAGAGGCAUGGAAUCUCACCUCCAUACAGCUGGUCGCUGCAGCCGAGGCCCAUUGCAGAGUCAUAAUCAUAUCGACAUUCUACGAGGAAAUGAGGAAGAUAUCAGCUAAAGUGUCCGAGUCUCUGAAACCGGUUCUGAUGCUUUUGGUUGAGCUGUACGCCGUCUACUGGGCGCUGAAGAAGGUCAAUGACCUGCUGAGGUAUACUCGUAUAACAAGUAGUGAUGUAGUUCGACUUCAAGGCUGGUACGAAGACCUCCUACUUCGGAUGCGACCCAACGCUGUGGGCCUGGUAGAUGCUUUCGAUAUCACAGACGACAUGUUAUGUUCUACGCUGGGUUCAUACGACGGUCGUGUGUACGAGCGUCUGAUGGCCGAGGCUCUGAAGAGCCCGCUCAACGCUAAACCUGUUAAUGACAGCUUCCACAAGUACCUCAAGCCCUUCAUGCAGGGCAAGCUAUGACGUCAACUCGUAAAGUUUUAUUGUUAUAAAAAAAAAUUAAGUGGAAAUUUAUUUCAUAUUUGAACAUCAACUUGUGGUUGGUGGAGACCGCGCCACAAGAGAAGUCCCUGGAUGCGGUGCUACAGUCGCUGACAACAACUACGUGGCCAAUAAGUUAUUGAUAUCACCACAUAUUGCAACGGGAUAUUUUUUCGUAGCGCAAACUCGUUUUCAUUCGAAUAAUAUGCAAGGAUAGCCUUGGAUUUUUCUGAGCGUGUGUGAUUGAUUUUGUAAAGCCAAGAUAAAAUAUUGUGUAUUUUAUCAAAAAAAUUAUUUAUAUCUUAGUACGUUACACAAAGACUGUGAUGGUAUUAGAAUAAGUUUUGAAAGGGUUGUUUUAAUAAAUGUGGUGUGAUCCAAAAGC